GCGAGCGUCCGCUGAGCAUCAGAGCGCAGAUCCUCCUCUAGUGUCGGGAAGGCGUGCGGUGGGCGAUGCUGUCACAGAUUCACUAAACGCUGCUCGUGUUUCAUUUUCAGAGCCCAACUCCCAGCAGGCUACACAGCUCUCCAGCCUCGCACCCAAACAUGGGUUAGGAAGAAAGCGACCGAUGGAUUAUCCACUUUGUGCACUUCAGCGAGGAUGAUGGAGGGGGAAGCGGACUUGUUUUCACAGAGACAUCCUGACAAAGACGGGGACUGAGAGGGAGUAGAGAUCGGGAUUCGCAGCCUCGCUUUGCAUCUCUCUCUCUCUCUCUUUUUUUAUUUUAUUUUUUUCAGUUUUCUUUAUCAUUAUCAGUACUGUUAUCAUUUUCCCCGCGUGUGUGCGAGACAGAGAAAUGUUUGCAGAAUUGCUGUGCGGCGCCGUGGCUCUGGUCCUGUAUGUCAACACUCUGGGCGCCGAUUUCUGCUACGAUGACAGCCGUGCAAUCAAGACCAAUCAGGACCUGCUUCCAGAGACCCCCUGGACAAAUAUCUUCUACGAUGACUUCUGGGGCACCUUACUCACGCACAGUGGCAGUCAUAAGUCUUACCGGCCCCUCUGCACCCUCUCCUUCCGCCUCAACCACGCUGUGGGUGGGCUGGACCCCUGGGGUUACCACAUGGUUAAUGUGGCCUUCCACGGAGCUGUGACAGGCCUGUUUACCUCGCUGGCUCGCCUGCUGCUAGGAGGAGGCCUGUGGAGCCUGUUGGCCGGCCUCCUCUUUGCCUCUCACCCCAUCCACACCGAGGCGGUGGCGGGCAUCGUGGGCCGGGCCGAUGAAGGCGCCGCCCUGUUCUUCUUGCUGUCCCUGCUGUGUUACAUACGUCACUGUACGCUGCGGGGCCACGCCGGGCCCUGGCGGCUCGUAGCCUGGUUCCUGGGCAGCCUGGGCUGCGCCGCCUGCAGCAUGCUGUGGAAGGAGCUGGGAGUGACCGUCCUGGCUAUAUCCGCGCUGUAUGACGUCUGCGUUUUCCACAAGCUCAAAUUGCGACAGGUCAUCACGCUGCUCUACAAGAGAAAGAACGUCCACCUGCUGCUCAAUGUGUUUUUGCUGGCAGCCUGGGGAGCCGUCCUGUUAGCCUGCCGUUUCUACUGGAUGGGCAACAAACCGCCCAACUUCUCCAACUCCGACAACCCGGCAGCCGACUCCCCCUCGCUCCUCACCAGGACGCUAACCUUUUUCUACCUGCCCGCCGUCAACUUUUGGCUCCUCCUCUGCCCGGACACGCUCAGCUUCGACUGGUCAAUGGACGCCCUGCCUUUGAUCAGGAGCCUGGCUGAUUGGAGGAACUUUCAUACAGUACUCUUCUACCUUGGGCUGCUGUUGCUGGCUUGGUUCGGCCUGUGGAUGCACCACGCAGCCAAGGGCAAGGACACGAACGGAAAAGCGCAACAUUACACCAAUGGCAGAAAUGGAAACAGUAACGGACACAGUUACCAAUAUAACAAUCACGAACAUAUGAACAAUUCCCACACAGGCGCUCACAUUAAUAGUGCACAAAACGGUACCAAAAAGCACUAUGAGAGCAGGACUCCACUGCCCACCACUGAAAAUGUUGUGGUGUUCUCUUUAGGCCUGUUGGCUAUCCCCUUCCUUCCUGCCACAAACCUGUUUUUCUAUGUAGGGUUUGUGAUAGCGGAGAGAGUACUGUACAUCCCCAGCAUGGGCUUCUGCCUGCUGGUAGCAGUGGGGAUGAGGUCCCUGUACGUCCGACUGCGACGCCGGUCCUUCAGGACCAUCUUGGUGUACUGCAGCGCGACCCUGGUUCUUCUCUUUGGCGUCAAAACUGUUUUGAGGAACCGGGACUGGCAGAAUGAGGAGAUGCUCUACAAGUCAGGGAUUUAUGUCAACCCUGCUAAAGCAUGGGGCAACCUUGGAAAUGUGCUGAAGAGCCAGAGCAAGAUGGAAGAGGCUGAACAGGCGUACAGAAAUGCUCUGUACUACCGCAGCAACAUGGCUGACAUGCUGUAUAACCUCGGUUUGCUGCUGCAGGAGAGCAACAAGUUCUCAGAGGCGCUCCACUACUAUAAGCUGGCCAUUGGGAGCCGGCCAACUCUGGCUUCGGCCUACUUGAACACAGGCAUCAUCCUGAUGAAUCAGGGUCGCCACGAUGAAGCCAAGCGCACCUUCCUGACCUGUGCCGAUAUCCCCGAUGAGAACCUGAAGGACCCCCACGCCCACAAGAGCUCAGUCACCAGCUGCUUGUACAACCUGGGCAAGCUGCUCCAUGAGCAGGGACAUCAGGAGGAGGCCCUCUCUGUGUUUAAAGAAGCAAUACAGAAAAUGCCAAGACAAUUUGCACCACAGAGCCUCUACAACAUGAUGGGAGAGGCCUACAUGAGGCUGAGCAAGCUGCCUGAAGCUGAACACUGGUACCGAGAGUCCCUGCGAGCCAAGCCGGACCACAUCCCCGCACACCUCACCUAUGGCAAACUCCUGGCCAUGACGGGGCAGAAAACAGAAGCGGAGAGGUACUUCCUCAAGGCCAUCCAGCUCGAUCCCACAAAAGGCAACUGUUACAUGCAUUACGGUCAGUUUUUGUUGGAAGAGUCGCGGCUCCUGGAAGCGGCGGAGAUGGCAGAGAAAGCUGCACGCCUCGACAGCGGGGAGUUUGAUGUGGUCUUCAGCGCAGCCCACAUGCUCAGACAAGCCAGCCUAAAUGAGGCAGCCGAGAAGUACUACGGACAAGCAGCAAGCCUGAGACCCAAUUAUCCUGCAGCGUUGAUGAACCUGGGGGCCAUUCUCCACCUCAACGGGAAGCUGCAAGAAGCUGAAGCCAAUUACCUCCGAGCACUUCAACUGAAACCUGAUGACACCAUCACCCAGUCCAACUUGCGUAAGCUGUGGAACAUCAUGGAGAAACAGGGCCUGAGGACCACGAGCCCCUGAGCUCCUCCUGCCCGCCUACAGUACCUGCCAUCUGUACGCCAGACCUGGAGGAAAGGACGGCCCACGCGUUGCUUAUUCACUCUUCUCUUCCAGAAGGGAUGGAAGAGACUCAGGGAGGAUGUUUGCUCUGAGAGGCCAUGACUGUGCCGCACAGCCCUCCUAAUGACUCCUGAGCUCUGCAUACACCUCAGGCCAGCAGCUUUCCUCAGAAGCAUUGCUCACAGUUUGGCUGGUGCUGCACAGUAUUUGGACUCUUUAGAACUUUCCUCAAAAUUAGUGCUCUCACAGGAACCCUUUUUUUUUUUUUUUUUCUUUUUUUACUUUUAUAACUACAGCACUUGAACUUGAGGUGAGACCAGGUACAUCCUCCAACAUUUGUGAUGAAUUAAGUUUCUCAAAUACGCAAUUGUAGUUCAUAAGGGUGAAAUUUAUCCUCGAGCUGUGCAAGAUAAAAUAUAAUGGAGAGAGAAGGAUCUCAGAGCACUGCACUGAGGGUAUUUUCCAUCAACAUUUACUGAAGUCCUUGGUUUUAUUAGAUGUUGCAUCUUGAUAAUGAAGAAAAUAAGAUUAUAUGAAGAAAUGGAUACCAUCCAAAAUCUCCAAAUUAAUGUAAAUCAAGUUUAUAUCAGUAAGAUCUCAAGUCUGUGUAUUUUCCUCAGUGGGUUUGUUUUGCUCAUGAGAUUACACACGCUUCGUUAUGAAGGUAUGAAAAUUAGCAGCAUUAUUGUAACCCAUUUGGAGCAGAUGCCCUGACAUUUUGUACAAACUCGAAAAAGGGAAUUGAAUUUGUCAGUCAUUACAGGACAACAAUAGCCUCUGAAAGCUCCACACAGGCUGGAUUUCACCAAAUGCAGCAUGAUUUGGCUGAAAAAAGGAAGUGGGACUUUCACAUUGUUAUGCCUUAUAAUAAAAGGUGUGAGUGUUCUUUUAGCAGUGUACAGUAGCAUGCAGGUGGCAUUUCUCCCACUACUGCUUCUUGUAUUUCCCUGUUAAAAGUCGCCGUAGUAACUUGUUUGUUGACAACAUUAAGAAGCUAAAAAUGGAAUUGUUAUUAAGCUGUCUUCCCAUGGAAGUCACAGACGACAAAGUGGCAGGUACGGUAGUUCUGGGUACGUCGUCUGCCCACACACCUGCCGCUUUUGCAAACGGAGCGUUUGUGUGUGGAGCUGAAACAGAUGAAGGAGUUCUUCUAACCAAAUACAAGAGCUAUGCUGAUGCACACCUUCUCAUCACAGAGCAAUGAUGGGACAUAGCACAUCUGAAGGAAAUGUUUUAACGCCUAUGUUUGUGUCGGAAUAAAACUAAUUUCAUUGUGUUUGUAUAAAUGAAUCCUAAUAUAUACCUACAUUGUGUAUAUUAUACAGAAAAUCAUGCAGCAAAAAAAGUAGCCAGACUUUAAAAUGGAAGCUCAGAUUACGGAGCAAGUUUGGCUUCAUUACAUGAAGUAUUUUCACAUAUUGUCAAACCUCUGUUGGCAGUCAUAAGGUCUCAUUUUGUAUAUAUUCUGUGUAAUUAACAUCUGUUUGUUUGUUUGUUUGUUGUCGUCAGCAUACAGUAAAUGGCACCUUCCCAGAAGUAAAAGUAUGUGCAGUAUUUGUGAUCAUUUUGUUUGUUACUGGCCGCAAAACUCCUGAAUUAUCUGUGUCCUCAGUUUAUUACAUUGUAAGUUAUUGCUUUGUGUUACCUUAGCAACGGAACCAGCUGGCACUGUGUUUUUAUUACAUGUAAAAUGAAGGAAGUUAGCAGAUAUGUGGCCCAUUAUAGGUAAAUACACAGUAACACGUGCGAUGGAGGAUAAAAGAUUGAAUAUUUAAGUCACUUGUUGCAGUCGUAAUAGUGUCACCACUGUUCUGUUUUUGACUGUGAUGGUCACUAGUGAUAUGUUGAGUAAAAUAAUCACAGGUCACAUUCACUCCCCACGUCUCACAAACCCUAUGUGCUUAUUUCUCCUGUGUAUAUAAAGUGUUUAUGAACAAACACUGAUAAUUGUUAUUGCUUGAGUGAAGAUGUUAAAAAAAGAAAAGAAAAAGCGAUUCACUCUGUGUCUCUGCUCAGGGAUCUCAAGUGGUGGGUUAUUGCAGAAACUUGUUCACAGAGCGUUUACUAAAUUAAAGAUUUAUUUUUGAAAGUUGUUGUAUUUGUAUAAAUUAUCAAGAUUUGUAGCCUUUUUCUCCUUUUUGUAAUAUAAAAAAAUGAACAAUGUGCCAGAAUAGACCUUUUUUCCCAAUGUUGCUUUUUUUCCACAAUAAAUUUAUGGUGUUCUGCUUUUG